AUGCGGAUAAGAUUCAACAGGAAAGCUUUGCGACGAAGUCUAGGGCCCUUCGAGCGCCGGAGGAUCUCCAUACUAUGCUCGUUCGGAUUUGCGGUAUGCUUCACUGUGGUCUGUAUGGUUCAGGAUUUUUCAGCAAACUCCACGAGUACAAGACGAUUGUAUGAGGAUGAGCUGACCACUAGCACGACUGUUGCCCCAAACUUGUAUCCGCCAGACUUGUUGCUGAAUGAGCCUUACGAAGACGAGCCUACAGGCAAAAAGUUUUUGGCCCUGCUCCACUGCAUCGGCAUCGCCUACAUGGUGUUGGGUCUGAACACGGUUUGUGACGUAUACUUCGCGGGGGCUAUUGACUUGCUCUGCGAUGCCUGGAGUUUAACACCCGAUGUCGCCGGCGCAACCUGGAUGGCUGCUGGUGGAUCAGCCCCAGAGUUCUUCACCUCCAUGGUGGGUGCGACGAUUGCCCAAAACGAUGUGGGCUUCGGCACCAUUGUAGGAUCGGCAGUUUUCAACGUACUCUUCGUGAUCGGACUGUGUGGUUACGUGGCCAAGGGCAAUAUAGAGCUGACUUGGUGGCCACUCUUUCGGGACUGCACCUAUUACAUUUGCUCGCUGGCCGUACUGGCAUCCUUCACAUACAACCAGACCAUAACUGCUGGGGAGGCCAUCAUUCUUUUCUGUUUGUAUCUAGGCUACGUGUCCUUCAUGUUUAUCAACAGGCCUUUAAAUAUCUGGGCGUAUGAGAAGACAGGUACUCCUUUGAACAAGGAGCUGCGGGAAUAUGUCGAGGAGCUGACCAAGACGAAGGCCGCUGCCAAGGUGGAGCCUGAACAAGUCGGCGGACCAGAGCAGGAAUUAUCCGCAACAGUUGCUCCCGAGCCUGGCCAGCCUCCCGAGCCCGGCCAGCCCGGCCAGCCCGAGUCUGAUGGGCGACCGGAGACCUCCACGGACAACUACAUCAAGGAAGACAGAGUAGUGAGCAAGGAAGUCGCAGAAGCGGAGCCGGCGGGGGACCAGGAGACGCAGGACAUAGAGAAGGCAGAUCCUUCCCCUGCCGCUGAUCCGGAAGAGGGGGAGGACGAUGAGGAUGAUGACGAUGACGACGAGCCUGAAGAUUUCUUUCUCGUGCCAGAAGGCACGCUGAAUCGGAUACUCUGGGGCCUGAGUGUGCCCCUCUAUGCACUUCUAUACUUCUCAAUGCCCUGGCCUUCCAAAGGCUCCAAAAGUUUCAUGCGCAUCUUUGGAAUGUCAUUGCUGUGGAUUGGUGGGUUCGCAUUUCUUCUCGUUUGGUGGACCGAUAUCGUAACGACGGUGGUAGGGAUACCCACCAUCGUCUCCAGCGUCACUUUCCUGGCGGCCGCAACAUCCAUCCCGGAUGCAGUCAGCUCCAUGGCCGUUGCCCGAAAAGGACAAGCCGACAUGGCGGUGAGCUCCUCGAUCGGCUCCAACAUUUUCGACAUCCUAACACUGCAGCAUGUGGAGAAUAGCUUGACACGCCCGUCCAUCCUCUGGUCGGAGCGACCCGGCUUUGAAACGAGAGUUUGUGGCAUGAUCCAACAAGGAGACUUCUCUCAUAGAGGCUGGCGGGCUCGACUGCAGGGGACCUCAGAUGCAAUGGGCCUGGUGCGCUUGAACAAAAAGGCGCUGCGAAGCCUAGAGCCCUUUCAGCGGAGAAAGAUUACCACUCUCAGCUCAAUUGGAAUUGCUCUGGCAUUUUGCCUGGUCGCCGUGAUCCAGGAUCUAUCCAAAGAUCCGUCCGGUGGAAGCCGGAGGCUGUACGAAGAUGAUCCCAUCUCCGUCACAACAAAAUCUCCGAGCUUGUACCCUGACGACCUGCUCCUCAACAAGCCUUAUGAGGACGAGCCAAUAGGGCGGAAGUUUUUGAUCCUGUUUCACUGCGUUGGCAUUGCCUAUUUGGUUCUCGGAUUGAACACGGUGUGCGAUGUCUACUUCGCGGGAUCCAUAGACCUACUUUGUGAUGCCUGGAGCUUGACACCGGAUGUUGCUGGCGCAACCUGGAUGGCAGCAGGUGGAUCUGCCCCUGAGUUCUUCACAUCCAUGGUUGGCGCGACCAUCGCCCAGAAUGAUGUUGGCUUUGGUACGAUUGUUGGAUCCGCUGUUUUCAACGUUCUCUUUGUCAUCGGCCUGUGUGGCUACGUUGCCAAAGGAAACAUCGAGCUGACCUGGUGGCCUCUCUUUCGGGAUUGUUCGUACUACAUCAUGUCCUUGGGCGUUCUGGCAGCUUUUACUUACAACCAGACCAUUGCAGCGUGGGAGGCGGGUAUCCUCUUCGCCCUUUACAUUGGUUACGUUUGCUUCAUGUUCAUCAACAGGCCUUUGAACAUUUGGGCGUACGAGAAGACAGGCACCCCGUUCCCCAAAGAGCUUCGCGAAUACGUGGAGCAAAUGAAAUCCAAGAGCAAAGUGGAGCCAGAAGAAGUGGUUGUGCCCAGCACGGGUGCCCCACCACCAAAGCCAGGUGCAGAUUCAGAAGCCGAACGGCCGGAGCCGGCAAAGGACAACUACAUGAAGGAAGACCGAAUCGUUGAGAAGGCGAAGCCAGACGACGAGGAGCCGAAGGAUGUGGAGAAAGCAGGCACUGCCACGGCGGAUGGUGAGGACGAAGACGACGAUGAUGACGAGCCGGAAGAUUUCAUGAUUGUGCCAGAAGGAGCCUUCAACAGAAUAUUGUGGGGCCUUGCCCUGCCAAUUUAUGUGAUGUUGUACUACACUCUGCCUUGGCCUUCCAAGGGCUCGAGGUUGUUCAUGCUUACAUUCGUCAUCUCCUUGAUGUGGAUUGGAACUUUUGCCUUCUUCCUGGUUUGGUUGACAGACACCGUGACGACCGUUCUUGGGAUACCCACUAUCGUCUCCAGCGUCACAUUCCUGGCCGCUGCGACUUCUAUCCCCGACGCCGUCAGCUCCAUGGCCGUUGCCCGGAAAGGACAGGCAGACAUGGCAGUGAGCUCAUCCGUUGGUUCCAACAUUUUCGACAUCCUGGUCGGGCUACCAGUUCCUUGGCUCUUGAAGUGUGCGCUGGAAGCAGACAACCCUGAGUUUAAGGGUGUCAGUAUCCAGUCUCCUUAUCUGAUGUUUUAUACGUGUGUACUCCUGGGGAUGGUUUUCGGCACUGUCCUCAGCAUCAAGAUCUGUGGCUGGAAGCUGCAGAAAGCGCUGGGUGGCUGCAUGGCGGUGCUUUAUUUCGUGUUCAUCAUCACGACUGUGGUGGUGGAGCUGACCCAACCGGUGUGGUUAAUGACAAACCCUCCGGCGUAG